GCACAUAUUAACUCGUCGCGUAGACUUCGCAGCAGCAGCUAACAGCACCAGCCCCACACCCUACCCGCCCCAUUGCAAGCAGCGCGCGCGCACUUAAUCAAAUAAUUUGAAAUACACAAAACAACAAGCAGAAAUUUACUAAUUAACUAACCCAACAACAACAACUACAACGAAACCAAAAGAAAAAUCCCCCAAAAGUCAUCAAAAUUUGCAGAUAAAAAAUUGUAAUUUUUUUUCAAGUGCAAGCAAAAUCGAGUAAAUAGCAAAAGCAAUCGAAAUUGUAACAGAAACAGUAACAGAAACAGUAACAGUAACAGUAACAGUGAAAAGAAGUGUAAAGAACCGUUAAGCAGAACAUACAAAUGCAAACAUGUGCCACAAUUCGGGCAUUGAAAGUGAACAGAUCGAAAGGUACAUGGCCUUCGGUCUGCCCCAGAAAGCCGUCAGGAGCGUAAAAUACACGAUGCGCAAGCGCGAAAAACAGCAGCGCAAGGAGAGGCAACAACAGCAGGACCAAUCACAAAAUAACAGCGAUGUCGAGGACUUCAGCAACAGCGGCAGCAGCAGCAGCAGCAGUAACAGCGACAGCGGCACUGACGUUGAUAUCAAGCCUAAACGUUCUGUGCAGCAAAAGCUGAUAGAAACGGAAAUGGAUACUGAGACAAUUGCAGUAGCAGAAGUGACCGCAGCUAAAACUGAAGAAGGAGCUUCUGUAACAGUCUUAAAAAACAGUAAAAGCGACAUGUUUAGUAUUCCAAAAUUCUGUGGACGUUUUCGUAAAAUGCAAGAACAGCAGCAAGAGGAGCAGCAGCAGCAGCCGGAUGCUGUAAACUCUCCGCACAGCAGCCCCAUGACAACAGUACCAGCAACAACAACAACAACAGCAACAACACCAGCUGCAUUAACAGCCCAACAACAGCGCAAACUCAGCUCCAUGGAGCCAUCGAUGGAUGAUGCUCUGGCAAUUGGCACUCAAAUGACACGCAAAUUCGCUGAACGUUGCCAUUGCCUGAUCGCACAGCUGCAUGGCACCCGCCUGUACACUAUCCUGACGCGUACCACGCAGCCAGCGCAUUUGAUGGCCAUUUUAAUAUUAUCCUUUGUGCUACUGACCGUUGGACCCGAUCUCAGAACGACAACAACGACGAUGCACAGCAGCCAGUUGGCAACAGCAGCGAUACACACAACAACAACAACGACGCAGGCCGCCGCCGCUGCCGCCGCAGCUGCCACUCCAAUGGUUGGCAGCACACUGGCAACGCUGGCAUAUCUGGGCGCAUUCGCCACACACUUUGGCUCACAAAUCUGGAUGACCUUUGUCUCGGGCCUUUCGCUGUAUUUCUCGCUGCCGCGUCACACCUUCGGCCAAUGCCAGCAGAUUCUGUUCCCCAAGUAUUUUGCGCUGAAUGCAAUGCUGAGCAUCAGCAUGCUGAUCAUUUAUGUCAAAUACUUUCUGAGCGGGUGGACAACGGCGGCGGGUGUGCAGAUGGGCACACUGGCACUGACCGCUGCCAUCGAGGUGGUGGUGCGUUUAUAUCUGGCACCGCCCAUGCUUCGACUGAUGCACGAGAAGUAUAGGAUCGAGGGCGCCAUCGGCAGUGGCCAGGAGGUGGGCAGUCUGGUCCAGGGUGAUCUGGUCGAGUGUCCGCAUUAUCAGCGCAUACAUAAGGCAUUCCGGCGCAUACACAUGACCAUUGCCAUUGGCAAUAUGAUUGUACUCAUGGCCACAUGUCUGCAGUUGUAUUUUCUGGCAUUGAAAAUAAGAAUUAGCUAAGACGCGAACCACUGGGAGGCCCAGGCAAAGGCCGCAGCCGCAGCAGCAGCAGCGCUCACAUUUUCGGGCAGCGCCUGAAAGGCUGCCACGGGUUUUUGUUUUCUCCCUCAUGCAAAAAGAAUUUAUAAAUUUAAUUUGUAGCGCAAUUAAGUCACCAUGACAUCACACACACGCACGCACACACAUACACGCAUAUAAAAGUUGAUAUUGUAUUUUACUGUCAAUGAUUGUCUCAAAUUAAAUUAUUAACUAUAUUCGCGUAGUUUAUUAGACAAUAUAUUUAUAAUAACCACAUCAAUAACAAUUAUCCCAUGCAUAUACCACAAUAAACUAGCUAAACGAAAUAUC